AUGUGGCGACCACGACGAGUGCAGGGCCUCGGAAGUGGGGAGGAUAUCUGCCACCUGGUCAGCGCUGUACGUCGCCAGGGUAUUCGCUCCCUGCCUUCAGGCCUCGUAGUCGCAGCGGAAAUCGCCUACCGCUGCUGCAGCUACUCGAUCGAGUCCUUUCAAACCGACAGCACCGAGGCGAAGAAACCUUCUCGUGUUGUGGGCACCGCCCCGACAGAGAGGCAAAAGCGGCCAAGCGCGCUCGCCCCUUCCUCUUCGAUUCCAGCGACGGAGAAAGCAGGCAUCAUUGUGGAGUGGGUCCCGGACGCCUUGGGCUAUCAUCUACCGCUUGGCUUGCGAGAGCGGUGGGAGCCUUCGUCCAAAGCCAGUCCAACUGAAGCGGGUGGCUUGAAGGCUUCUAACGAUGCUGAGACCCACGGCACAGAGCAGCAAGAGCUUGAGGAGGUGUCAAGCGUUGGAAACCCGUGCGCGAGCAGCCGAGUCGGCGACGGCGGCGGCGGCAGCGGCCAUCGCAGUGGUCACUCCGACGGCCCCCCAUUCUACGGCCCUCUGCCCAACUUCGCCACGUCACCAGUGUUCGAAUGGGAGCGGUGUCUGUGGCAGUGGCGUCCGGUGAAGAUCACGCCUGCGGCAGGCACGCCACACCAUACGAGCCUCACCGUCACCGCACCGAUAUCAUCCAGUGGAGAGAAACGACCUUUGCGGGACGAGAUGCACUGCAGCGACGGCGGCGAAAACGACCUCGCUGAAGGAGGGUUAGGCGAAAGCUCGCAAGUCUACCAUCUUGUGCCGUUUUUGCUCUGCCCGACGCUCGAGGUGUGCGCCACUCAGCCCCUCAUGCACGGUAGCCUGCGAAAGGAACUUGCAGCAGCCCAAAACGCUUGCCAUCAUCUGCGUCGGAGUUGGCCAGAGGACGCGAAGCAGGACCUUCUCGGCACUCGCCGCUGCCCAACAUACUCUGAGCACGAGACUCGGUUAUGGUCUAUCACCAUACCUACUCCCGUUGGUGAGCUCGCUCUCUCCUCCCCACAGGACACUGACGGUGAUGACGCGAACAAGCAGAACACCAUGCUUGACCUGCCGACCUUCGCGAUGAUUGAAGGCGAGCCCCCGAUGAGGGUAGGAGGGCGUAUCAGAGCUUGCUGUGGCCAUGGAAUCACCAGCCCAGCGCCGCCGGAAGCGGAGACAUGGGAAGCCGCCACGGCAGCCGCGCGGAAUGAGCGAAGCACCUCAGCAGGCAAUGCCGCCGUCCCCUACGUCCACGUCUUCUGCUCUGAGAUGAGCGCUGCGUGCAGCGACUCCCUUCUGUCGCAGACAGGCAUCAAGGCAUCAGAGUUGCCCACGCCCUCCUCAUGCGACGUGUCGAGUCCGACGCUGCCUCUCACGCGUCGCAAUGUUGUGGGUGGGGGACUUGCGGAGCUCAUUCUCGCCGUGGACCGUUACGCUGCCUUGAUCGCGCGCGGUGACUUGGCGCUGUCUGCCGCCUGCUGGGCCACGCUCUGUGACACGAAGAGCUGGUGGGUCGUGCAGCGCCUGCGCGUGUGCCCGCUAGAGAUGGAGCGUGAGCUGGUCGCGGCCACUGAGGCACACAAACUCUGGCAGCAAUACGCCGUUUCACGCAACAGCACCUUGGUGGGGAAGAGCAGCCACGGCAUAUGCUUUUACGACUACCCUUUCUUGGCGAAGUGGCCACUUGGCCGACAAGCGGCGACCAAGGCCACUGCGCCCAUCAGAGCUCACACUCGCUGGCGUGUUUGA